AGUCACAGGAGAGAUGAAUAACGCCGUCCCAUAGGUAUCUACAAACAGCAACAAGAGUUGAAACAUUAACAAAGCUCGCGUAUCCAGGCAAGAAUAUGUUACAACGGACUGGCAUUUAUAUAUUUGGGCGCCAGGCGGGUAUUCUGCUAGUCGCAAACUCGAUGGUCUCCUGAACUACAAUGUGUAAGAGUGUGCUGACGUCUUAAAGCUGGAACCAUUUAUUCUUUCCUGCUAUUGGUUGGCUCGCUCUACAAUCACCUAUAUUUAACACGUGUGACAUGAUUCAAUAUCAGACGGAGGAAGCGAGUGAUUGUACUUGCUUACCAGUACCUAUAUAAUGUAAAGAGGUAAGAGAUCACUUAUUUCGGUUCGUCCUAAAUUUCGACAAUAUGGAUUAAACAUCUUCGUCAUGUCUCUCCUUAAGCCAGCCCGACGGCUUCCCAAUCCAGUCCUUCUCGGCGUAGUCGCCUUUUUCGUCUUUUCUCUGUAUCUCCUCUCCACGAAGGGGGGAGCAAGUCCAGUGCCAUAUUUCCACGCUGACAGGAUAAAAUCUUCGGUCCCUGAUAUAACGGAUGAUAUUUAUAACACUACUCUUGGCGUGAGUCAACGGUUAUUUGUUGGUUUAAUUAUAGGACGAGGGUCUAACGCUAGUACGCAGUUCGAGAAGAUAUUCGUCAUCAGCCGACCAUCUCGUACAGAUCGCCGCGAUGGCAUGGUCCUAGCCGCAGCUCUCAGCAACCUCGAGAUAGAAUUCAUCGAUGGCGUCGACGGCAAGGAUGUGCCCGACAAGGCACUACUCAGUAGCGAGGAGGAGCUUAAGCGCCUAGCCGAUCCCGUCAUAGGAGCCUGGCGAGCUCACAUGAACGCAAUCCAAGAAGUCGUACGAAGAAACCUCUCGUCAGCACUAAUCAUGGAAGACGACGCCGACUGGGACAUCCGGAUCCGGGAGCAAAUGCACGACUUCGCGCUGGCCACGCACGCGCUCACCCAGCCUCUCCUCUCCUCUCCAGACCCAUCAUCCCCUACAUUCGCCGACCCCACGUUCCCGAACGGCACCUUCGGCCCCUCCACCGUCCCGGACAUGGACUUCGCCUCGCUGCCACUUACCCGCGUCCCCACGACAUCCCCGUACGGCGACGCCUGGGACGUGCUAUGGGCCGGGCACUGCGGCAUGGCCUUCGCAUUCGCCACGAACGCGGCUCUGCCCAAGGGCCGCGUCGUCCGGGUCCCGGACCCUACCGUACCGGCACGCCGGCACUUACUAGCAGGCCUCCCGUCGAUCUCGGGGCUCGAGACCACGUACCCGGACCACGCGCGCGUGUACCACCACGCGCAAGACGCGUGCUGCUCCCUCGCGUACGCGGUAAGCCGCGCGGGUGCCCGCGCCGUGCUACGCCACGUCGGCCUGAAGGACGCUAACCAGCCCUUCGACCUGCAGCUCAAGUCCUUCUGCGAGGGGGGCGGGUCCCCGGACCGCGGGGGCCCGCACGCGUGUCUCGCGGCGCAGCCGAGUGUUUUCCAGGUCCAUCGCGCUAAGGGGUCGAGGGGGGCGAAUAGCGAUAUCGCGGACCAUGGGGCGGGCGGGCAGGAGGAGGAGUCGAGGGGCUUGAGGUGGGGCGUUAGGAUGAAUUUGGAUGCGUUGGUUAAAGGGGGGGAGGAGCUGGUUGAUGGAUAUCCGGAUGGUGAUGGGGAUAUGGUUGGGAAUUAGGGGGAGAUGGGUGGUAAGGUGUUGGUUGAUAAGUAGGUAGGUAUGUAUUAUAAGGUGACCCCUUAAGGGACGAGUGUACGAAGGCGGUAGAGCUUCUCCUGGACGAUAGGAAUGGCUGCCAGCGACGUUAUUAUACCCAAUAAAUAUUGAUUUAGCAUUUCAUCUCUCUCGACCUUUCGUUGGUGCACUGUUGUCAGUGAAUUUAGACAUGUAGGAAAAGGACGGAUGGAUGAUCUAAAGAAAAGGCUAAGGGAAUAGGGACUAAUUUCCUAGAUUUUCAAGUGCGAGAUAAUCUCAUAUAAGCACCACAUGAGCCUUUCUCCAGCACAAGAUAUGAGAAUUCGAUUAUCGUCGG